GGUGGAGGGGGAAGGGACGCGCUGUUUGGUCCGGCGGGGAGGGUGGGGGAAAGCUGACGGGAGGACAUGCAGGCUCGCUACUCCGUGUCCAGUCCCAACUCCCUAGGAGUGGUGCCGUACCUCGGCGGAGAGCAGAGCUACUACCGUGCCGCUGCGGCGGCGGCCGGCGGGGGCUACACGGCCAUGCCGGCCCCGAUGAGCAUGUACUCCCACCCGGCCCACGAGCAGUACCCAGCCGGCAUGGCCCGAGCCUACGGGCCCUACACGCCACCGCCGCAGCCCAAGGAUAUGGUGAAGCCGCCCUACAGCUACAUCGCCCUCAUCACCAUGGCCAUCCAGAACGCUCCCGAUAAGAAGAUCACCUUGAACGGGAUCUACCAGUUCAUCAUGGAGCGGUUCCCUUUCUACCGGGACAACAAGCAGGGCUGGCAGAACAGCAUCCGCCACAACCUCUCCCUCAACGAGUGCUUCGUGAAGGUGCCCCGCGACGACAAGAAGCCCGGCAAGGGCAGCUACUGGACCCUCGACCCCGACUCCUACAACAUGUUCGAGAACGGCAGCUUCCUCCGCCGCCGCCGCCGCUUCAAAAAGAAGGACGCCGUCAAGGACAAGGAGGAGAAGGAUCGCCUGCACCUCAAGGACCAUGCCCCGCCGCGCCCGCCGCCGCCCGCCGCCGCCGCCGAGCCCGAGGGCGGCCCCGCCGGGGGCAGCGCCGCGCCGCCGCCGCCGCCCGUCCGCAUCCAGGACAUCAAGACGGAGAACGGCACGGCCUCGCCGCCGCAGGCCGUGUCCCCCCCCGGCGCCGCGCCGCCGCUCGGCGCCGUGCCCAAGAUCGAGAGCCCCGACAGCAGCAGCAGCCUCUCCAGCGGCGGCAGCCCCCGCAGCACCCUCCCCUCCAGCCGCUCCCUCAGCCUGGAGGCCCCCGAGCCCCCACCGCCGCCACCGCCGCCCCCGCCGCCGCCCCACCACCACGGCCCGGGCUUCAGCGUGGACAACAUCAUGACCUCGCUGCGGGGCUCGCCGCAGGCCGCCACCGAGCUGGGCGCCGGCCUCCUGGCCCCCGCCGCCGCCGCCCCGCGCACCGGCAUCCCGCCCGCCCUGUCCCUCGGGGGAUACUCGCCGGGACACAGCUCAGUCUACGGCUCGCCCUGCGGCCAGGCGGCCGCCGGCGCCGCCGCCGGCACCUACCACUGCAACAUGCAGGCCAUGAGCCUCUACGCGGCGGCGGGCGGCGCCGACCGGCCCGGCCACCUGCCCUCCGCGGCCGCCAGCCCCGCCGAAGACCCGCUGCCCGAGUACGCGAUGCCCUCGGGCGGCGGCGGCGGCGGCGGCGGCGGCGGUGGGGCGGGGGGCGGCGGCGGCGGGGCGCUGGGGCACGGCGGGCUGGGCGGCGCGGCGGGCGGCCACCAGGAGGGGCACCACCCGCACCCGCACCAGGGCCGCCUGGCCUCCUGGUACCUCAACCAGGCGGCGGCGGCGGCGGCGGCUGCGGCGGCGGCGGCGGGGGAGCUGGGCCCGCUGGCGGGCGCGGCGAGCUACGCGGGGCCGCAGCAGGGCUUCGCCGCCGCCCCGCGAGAGGUCUUCGAGGCGCCGCGGCUGGGGCUGAGCGCCUCGCCGGGCGGCGGCGGCGGCGGAGGAGGCAGCGGGGCAGGGGGCGGCGGCGGCGGCGGGGCGGGGGGCGGCGGGAGCUGUCAGAUGGCCUUCCCCGGCAGCCAGCCGCUCUACCGCACCUCGGGGGCCUUCGUCUACGACUGCGGCAAGUUCUGAGCGCGCCCCGUCGCGGGGACACCGCGGGAACUCAGCUCCGCUCCGCACCGCGCAGUCGGCCCUCGCAGCGCCCGCGGAGGGAAGCGAGGGCAUCGCGAAAAGCUUUUGUACAGAGACAGCCCCAAAGCAUGUCUUGGUUUGUUAAAGGACAGUGUUACUCCAAUAACACGUGAACUCCUGCAUCAGCAGCUACCUGACAGGAGCCUCCUCAUGGGAGAUUUUUAAUAGCAGCAGCUGCUGAACAAGAGGGAACUGCAGAAACGCACUUGUUGCCAAACUGUGUGUUUAGUUGGAAGGAGGAGAAACAGAUGGGGAAAUCACUCUUCAGACAGUGUUUACUAGCACAAUCAGCACCUGAGGCAGCACUUAUUCAGGUGCUGAAAUUACAGAGAUAUUGGGGAGCAGCACGGAUGAAGAGAAACAAAGAUUAAAUGACAGAGGAAAGUGUUUUGCUAGAUAUCCAUAAGGACAAAAUGGGCAGGAAUAGGAAGUACACUUAGAAAAUAGAUGAGCUGCCUCUCUGUUGAGAAGUAGGUGUCCUCAUUGAAGUCCCUAGAGAUGCUUAGGUGACAUUAAGAUGAUGAAAGGAGCUUUAACACCUGCUUGUUUGUGUGCAAACAGUGCCUCUUCAAGACCUAGAUCAUGCUGCAUGUAAUAAAGUACUAAUGGGGAAACAAAUGUACUGGUGGGGAUGAAGUGGGGCCUGAAUUACAGAAGGGAAAGGAGACAGCAAGCAAUACAUCUUCUUCCACUCUUUUGUUUUUUUAUCAUAAUUACCAAAUUUAAGCUAAGAGGUGUAAUUAGAAACUGGGAGUUUAAAAUAAGUAAUGAGUGUCUUGCCUGUACCCACAGAAAGUAAGUCAGAUGCAUGCAAGUAUUGCCACUGUUUCUACAAUAUUCAAGUUAUCUAAGAGGACUGUCGUUUCAUUCUGCAGAGGAGACACUGCUAUUUCAAGUUAAGAACUAUUUCUAUUUAAAAACUCAUAUUUCAUUGUAAAAAUAUAAGACCUCUGAAAAACAGGCCUAUAUCUACAAAAUCAAGAAAUACAUUAGAACUAAUACACUGGUUUUAGAUGCUUCUGUUUAGCAAGCACCAGCUAUCAGAAGAAUAAAAAACCCAAAAAAAUUAGCCACCUUUCUUUUUCUUCCAUAUGGUUAUUAAUUUCUUUUAUUCCAGUUGUUCUCUACAGUAUGUAAGCAGUGUCCUCACAUGUGGGAAGACAGAGGCUUCUGUUUUGUAAGGAGAAAUUUCUUUUGCAAGAUAAUCAAACUGGAAUUUGAUGCUUUUUCUACAAUGAUUUUAAGGAGCUAGCCUCUAUUUAUCUGCUUAUGUUUUCAAUUGUUGAUACAAUAAAAGUUUGGAUACACUCUGAUGAAGCCCAAGAAAAGGGAAAGAAAUUUGCAUAUUUUGUGGGGUGGUAUCUGAUACUGCUUGCAGCUGGGAAGAGUCCAUCCUGCACCUUUAAGUACAACAUUCAAAAUAUCUCCUUCAUUAUAGCUAAUUUCAGUAAAAAGACAUACAUUUCAGUUUUGCAAGAUUCCACACUAGGGCUUCCUAGUACACUUUCCCCUUGAAGGCUCUGUCCCCACCCCUUCCACAAUAUCUCUCUGCCAAAGCAGCCCAGUGUUCUCAUAUUUUAAUUGAGCCUAACUGGAUCCAUCUGCCGCAUGACUCGGGGGUAACUGUGAACCUUGAAUUCCAUUCUUAUGCCAGAUCGCUGAGAUUUGAGUCCUCUUCUAAGAGAAGGCUGUUUUCUCUUUAAAUUCUAUAUGAGGGAAAUUUAAAUUUUAGCACAGAUGUUUGCACAGCAGUGAAGAGCUGAAUGAGACACUUGACACAUCUCUGCCAAACUUUCUAAAGUCAAAGGCAAUGAACAUAUGGCUGCUGCUACUCUGCCUCAUAGCCCACUUGCUCUUGUUCACAAUGCUCAAAGGUCACACUUUUACAACUUGCUACAUUCUUCUUGAGGCCUGGACCUGAAAGUGUGCUUUGGCUGUCACAGAGACCAUUUCUGUCCUUGAGCAUCAUGAUGGACAAUGCUUACAAACACCUGCAAAUGGAGACGAGAAAUACUUCUGCCAAGUAGGUGUCUAAAAUGGACACUAAUGUAAGGAGGCAUUUCUACUUUCAUUGCUGGCAGCCAAAGAGAAGGCAGCAUUUAAUAAGUAGGACCUGUGAGUGGCUGAGUAUGUGUGUGGGAACAAUGCUCACAAAUUGGAGCGUUUUGGUUACUUUUUCAUUGCCAGUUGAAGAAUCAUAGUAUCAUUUUGACAUAGCUUGGCCAGAGACAUAGUUUUAAUUGGGUAAUAAACACAUAUCAUAUUUCUACAAAUGCUAUUAUAAUAUUGUAUAGAAGUAACUCCUGCUGAUUUAACAGUGCUUGAAAAAAAUAAUACAGCAUCUGUCUCCAUGGAAUAAAAUUCUUCAAGAUCCUGGCGAUUAGCUGAAUGAAGCAACAGAAGCAACAAAAAUACUAGAAGUGCUAAAUAACUAAUGGGAAUCAAACUUGAGCAGCUUCCCCUGUGCCAAGAACCAUAGAAACCUGAUUUUGAUUUUUGGCAGUUCUGCAUUUAACGGAGCUCCUAGUGGUUUAUAUUGGUCUAAAAAUUAGAACCUCUUUCCAUGAGUUCAGUCUUGUCACUCUUCCUAAAAUGCAGUUUGAAGCAACAAUGAAUCAAAAUAAAUGGUAUAUAAAAUUAACAAAUUACUGGAAGUGUGAAAGGUAUUUGGAAUGUCCUGCUAAAUUCUUUGGUCUGAACAAAUCUUGGGUGAAGAAUUUUGAAGUCACUGUCAAGUGCUGAACUUGUCCACUAGAGAUCUGUCUUCUGUGCUCUCCAAAAGGCUGAAGGGCAAUAACAAAGCAUGACACACCUCUCCAAAUAUUUAAGCAACAAAGAACAAUGGUAUGAGACAAUAUUGCAAGAUAGUGUUGCAUGCAGGGAGUGUUGCUGGCCUUGAAGUCACCUCUUGAAGUGUGGUAACACCCUAGGGUGUCUCCUGUCAUUGCAUCAUUUAAAUAUGAACUGGAAGAAAGAAACCUUAGACCUUUAAAGAAAUCUAUUUUAAGAGAGGAAUUAUUAGCAGAUGGAAGCUGGUGGAGACAGGACUUUGAUUUUUGCAGGUUUAAUUCCCACCUGAGCUUUAUGGAUGUUCAAAAUGGUGCCAUCUCCUGAAGGAAAGAGAAUACAUUAGGCCAUUUCUCACUUUACAGCCAUUUCAUCUUCCCAGUGAGUAUGGCCCCCCAUUUUGAGGGCCAUCUUCUGACAACUCACUGAAGCAGAGUGGACUUUGCUCACUCUUCUCCUGCAUUGCUUGGUCCUGUGAGUAUCCAUUUCUCUGACCCACCAUGAAGUUUGCACAAGAGCUAGUAUAAACUCUAAGGUAAAUCUACCCAAGUAUUUCAAUGUCUUCAUCUCACUGAGCAAAUAUUUUCAGGUAUCAUUCUAACUCAAAAGUUUUCCAUGUUUGAUUUCAAGUGAACCUUUUCUAUAACAGUGUUUAUAUUUGGCUACCUGCUGAAUGAAGGCUGUGGGUUUCUGUGAAGCUAUGCUGGGAAGGAAUUUGGCCUAUUUGCUUUAAAACAUAAUGUGCUAGAAAAGAUGAGAGGUGGGAUGCCAACUGGCUGUAUUUUAUCUUGGGUUGUUUCAGAUAAAUAGGGUCUGCUUUCCAGUAGCUGAAGUACAUCCAUGGGACCACUGCUUCAUGGGAGGUAAAAAGGAAAUGCUUCCUUUUCCACUGCAGCCAUCUCACUGUGUUGAAAUCCAAACACUCAGAACAGCACCGUAAUCAGGAACAGGAGAUGCACGAGUUUAAAUUAUGUAAAAUUUUAAAUAGAUGUGCAGUGGAUCCCCUUGAUUAAGAGGGUUGUAUUUCUCCUGCUAGAAACUGACGAUUGUGUUCCCCAUUCUUCUGCAAAGACAACUCUGACCACGCCUUAUGUUUGCUGAAAUCAUUACUGACAUCACUCACUCUGCAAGUGGAGUAUUGCCUAUGAGCAGGGAAGGAAACUCCCGCUUCAUCAUGAGUGUCCACUGCUGCACACUUUGAGAGGCACACAGCAUGAAGGCCCCAGGACGGUGAAUAUCUCUGUUAUUGGAUACAGCAACCAUGAUGCAACCAGUCAUGGACAGGGAAUAAUGUUUCACCAAACUGCAUAAGUACAUCUAAUAAAAGAAAACUCUGGAA